GAAAAAGCAUGAGGUGUAGACACAGGCAACACAGUGCUUGCUCGCGCCUUUUCCCGACGAGGUCGAAACAGACGCACGUUCGUGCCGCGCGCGCGUUCACCAGGUUAUACGGAAAUGGCACGAUACGCCGAGGACGUGUACUACGAAACUGCUAUUAAAUUGACGCGCGAGGCUGCCCAGAUUCUCCGAGAUGCCAUCAACAAUCUCAAACAUGUCGACCAGAAAAUGGGCAAUUGGGAUCCCGUCACAGAGUACGACCGAAAGAUAGAAGAUAUUAUCAUCGGCAAACUCAAACGGGCAUUCCCAGAUCACAGGUUUAUCGCGGAGGAGUCGACUGGCUCAGAACUGCCGGAAUUAACUGACGCCCCUACAUGGAUCAUAGAUCCCAUCGAUGGCACUGUCAACUUCAUUCACGGAUUCCCGCAUACGUGCGUGGUCAUCGGUCUGGCCGUGAAAAAAGAAAUGGUCCUUGGUAUCGUGUACAAUCCAAUUCUCGAGGAGCUGUUUACAGCUAGAAAAGGACGAGGCGCAUUUUUGAACGGGAAACCGAUUCACGUGUCUAAAGUGCAAGACUUGUCGAAAGCUUUGUUUUGUAUGGAACCUGGCUUCAUAAACGUAGAUGCUUUACGAGAGAAGACGUUGGAGAGGCUCCAAACCAUCAUUACAAAGGUUCACGGCUUUCGCUGUCUCGGCGUGGCGGCGUUAACAUUGUGUUACGUCGCACUCGGGAUCAUAGAAGCCUAUUACAUCGAAGGUCCUGCCAUCUCGACAUGGGACAUAGCCGCGGCAUCGUUGAUUAUUUCGGAAGCGGGAGGCGUCGUCGUGGACCGCAUAACAGGAGAACCGAUCGACAUCAUGAAGCCGCGUGCGGUAGCUGCAUGCAACAACAGGAUUGCCCGCGAUAUCGUUAGACUCAUCCGUGAAGCCGAUCAACGAGUAGAGAUGAGAACAAAAUAACAGAAAAACCGAUAAUUUGAAAAUAUAUUGAAAUUAUAUAAAAUAUAUUAAAAUGAAAAAUAUUAAACUGUAAUAUUAAACUGUUAUUAAACUGUCUACUUGCAGA